UCUCCCCCUCAGGAAAAUAAAAAUCAAUAACAAUAUUAUUCUCCUCAUUCCUUCAUUUUUAAACCUAGCUCCAUCUCCCUCCACUCACCAUAACAUGGCAUCAGAAGCAAAUGCUGCCAACACCAACUUCUGUGUAAAUGUUAGCAACAAUGGCUACAUUAGUGCUAAUGACCCCUUGAACUGGGGUGCGGCGGCGGAGGCUAUGGCUGGGAGCCACCUCGACGAGGUCAAGCGCAUGCUAGAGGAGUACCGGAGGCCCGUCGUCAAGCUCGGUGGAGAGACCCUGACCAUCUCGCAGGUCGCGGCGAUCGCGGCCCACGACCAGGGGGUGAAGGUGGAGCUGGCGGAGUCCUCCAGGGCCGGUGUUAAGGCCAGCAGUGACUGGGUGAUGGAGAGCAUGAACAAGGGCACUGACAGCUACGGCGUCACCACCGGGUUCGGUGCUACCUCCCACCGGAGAACCAAACAGGGCGGUGCCUUGCAGAAGGAGCUAAUUAGGUUUUUGAAUGCUGGAAUAUUUGGCAAUGGUACAGAGUCCAAUUGCACCCUACCCCACACAGCAACCAGAGCAGCUAUGCUAGUGAGAAUCAACACACUCCUCCAAGGCUACUCAGGAAUCAGGUUUGAAAUUUUGGAGGCAAUCACAAAGCUUCUGAACAACAACAUUACCCCAUGUUUGCCACUUAGGGGAACAAUCACAGCAUCUGGUGAUCUUGUUCCUUUGUCCUACAUUGCUGGUUUGCUAACUGGUAGACCAAACUCCAAGGCUGUUGGACCCUCUGGUGAGAUUCUGAAUGCCAAAGAAGCCUUUGAAUUGGCCAACAUCGGUGCUGAGUUCUUUGAGUUGCAACCUAAGGAAGGCCUUGCCCUUGUGAAUGGCACUGCUGUUGGUUCUGGCUUGGCCUCAAUUGUUCUAUUUGAAGCCAACAUCAUUGCUGUCUUGUCUGAAGUUAUUUCAGCAAUUUUUGCUGAAGUUAUGCAAGGAAAGCCUGAAUUCACUGACCAUUUGACUCAUAAACUAAAGCACCACCCUGGUCAGAUUGAAGCUGCUGCUAUUAUGGAACACAUUUUGGAAGGAAGCUCUUACGUGAAAGCUGCUAAGAAGUUGCAUGAGAUUGAUCCUUUACAAAAGCCUAAACAGGACCGUUAUGCUCUUAGGACUUCACCACAAUGGCUUGGUCCUCUAAUUGAAGUGAUUAGAUUCUCUACCAAGUCAAUUGAGAGGGAGAUUAACUCAGUCAAUGACAACCCUUUGAUUGAUGUGUCAAGGAACAAGGCACUUCAUGGUGGUAACUUCCAAGGAACUCCUAUUGGAGUCUCCAUGGAUAAUACACGUUUGGCUCUUGCUUCAAUUGGUAAACUCAUGUUUGCUCAAUUCUCUGAGCUUGUCAAUGAUUAUUACAACAAUGGUUUGCCUUCAAAUCUCACUGCCAGCAGAAACCCCAGCUUGGAUUAUGGAUUCAAGGGAGCUGAAAUUGCCAUGGCAUCUUAUUGUUCUGAACUUCAAUAUUUGGCGAAUCCGGUGACAAGCCACGUGCAAAGCGCGGAGCAACACAACCAAGAUGUGAACUCUCUGGGGCUGAUUUCAUCAAGGAAGACUCAUGAGGCUAUUGAGAUCCUCAAGCUCAUGUCCUCCACUUUCCUGGUCGCCCUUUGCCAAGCCAUUGACUUGAGGCAUUUGGAGGAGAAUUUGAAGAACACGGUCAAGAACGUUGUGAGUCAAGUUGCUAAGAGGACUCUCACCACAGGUGUCAAUGGAGAGCUUCACCCUUCAAGGUUUUGUGAGAAGGACUUGCUCAAGGUUGUUGAUAGGGAGUACACAUUUGCAUACAUUGAUGACCCCUGCAGUGGAACAUACCCUUUGAUGCAAAAGCUAAGGCAAGUGCUUGUGGACUAUGCAUUGGCCAAUGGAGAGAACGAGAAGAACACAAACACAUCAAUCUUCCAAAAGAUUGCAACAUUUGAGGAAGAGUUGAAGACCCUUUUGCCUAAGGAAGUGGAAGGUGCAAGAGUUGCAUAUGAGAAUGACCAAUGUGCAAUUCCAAACAAGAUCAAGGAAUGCAGGUCUUACCCCUUGUACAAGUUUGUGAGAGAGGAGUUGGGGACAGCAUUGCUAACUGGUGAAAGGGUUAUCUCACCGGGUGAAGAGUGUGACAAAGUGUUCACUGCUUUGUGCCAAGGGAAGAUCAUUGAUCCACUUUUGGAAUGCCUUGGGGAGUGGAAUGGGGCACCUCUUCCAAUAUGUUAGUUUUUCUUAUUUUCUGUUUUCUUGAAGAGUGGUUUCUUUUCUGUACACGUGUUUGUGUUGAUAUUAAGCAUUUGGUUUGUCUAUAUAAGGCUGUGGCAAAUCAAUCCACAUACAACAACUUCCCAGUUUUCCUUGAUGUAUGCCAUGCAAGGAACUUGUAAUUCAUAAUGUAAUAGAAUUCCAUUUGUUUGCCGUAGCUUUGCGUGCAAAUAUCAAUACAUGGCCUUCCAUGUGAAGGAUGUUUUCUCUUGAAUAAUACUUAUUUGUUUCUUUAUGCUA